GUUUUACCAGACACAUCCCAUUAUUUUCUCCACAUUGGUUCUUUUCUAUUCAAGAAAAAAAAAAUGGAUUUAUCUAAUGAGAACCAUCCCACCAUGAUUAAAACAACAAAUGUGCAAGGUGGUCAGGCAGAAAUGGUUAAGUUUGGAGGGGAGAGGAGACAAACAAGAAGAGCACUUAGCUUGAUUAAUCAAAAUUUAAUAACAGCUCAUCGACAUCCUUGUGUUGUUAAUAAGAGAGGAUUAACAGAGAAAUUUGUUGCUGCACAAAUUGGUAGCUCACACCGGCAUGGUCUCGAGGAAAACAAGAAACCAAAAAUAGCAGCGGAAGGUUUUAAGGUAUGGGAGGAACAUGAGGGUUGUAAAUAUCAGCCCAUGCCUAUGUGUUUGGAGCCAUCAGAAACACUCUCCGGUGACCAGACAGAAAUGCAGGAAGUUGAAAUGGAAGAUAUAUUUGAGGAGGCACUAAUAGACAUUGACAGCGAUGAUGCAAACUAUCCAUUUGCAGUUGUUGACUAUGUGGGAGAUAUUUAUGCUAACUACAGGAAAAUGGAGGUUUAUAGCUGUGUUUCACCAAGCUAUAUGGAACAGCAGCUUGACAUCACUGGGAGGAUCAGAGCUAUACUAGUAGAUUGGCUCAUUGAGGUACAUCACAAGUUUGAGCUCAAGGAAGAGACGUUAUUCUUGACCGUUAAUUUGAUAGACAGAUUCUUGGAGAAGCAAACAGUUGAAAAAAAGAAACUGCAACUUGUUGGUCUUGUUGCCAUGCUGUUAGCAAGCAAAUAUGAGGAGAUCUCUGUCCCUGUGGUGGAUGAUUUGUUGAUUAUUUCGGCUAACACCUACACGAGGAAAGACGUUCUUGAAAUGGAAUCACUGAUGCUCAACAAACUGAAGUUUAAUAUUUCAGUUCCAACUCCAUAUGUUUUUAUGAGAAGAUUUCUCAAGGCUGCUCAAGCUGAUAAGAAGCUUGAGGUAUUGUCGUUCUUGUUAAUCGAGCUUUGUCUCGUGGAAUAUGAAAUGCUUAAGCAUCCACCAUCCUUUAUGGCUGCUGCGGCGAUCUAUACAGCUCAGUGCACGCUUUACGGUGUCAAGCAAUGGAGUAAAACCUGUGAAUGGCAUACAAGUUAUUCGGAAGAUCCACUUCUGGAAUGUUCGAGAUCGAUCGUGAGCUACCAUCAGAAGGCAGCUACAGGGAAACUAACAGGGGUGCAUACAAAGUACAGCUCAUCAAAAUUUGGCUAUGCAGCAAAACUUGAGCCUGCACAUUUUUUGGUGCAGACUCAAUAAUAGAAGGGGAGGCAUGUACAAUAAUCAACUUUACUAUGAUACCUUGCGCAAGUUCUAGAUAAUGACAUGAAAGAAGUUACUAGCAAUGAUUUGGAAAACAAAAUACUAUUACAGAUACAAAAAUAACUCAGCAACUGCUGUUGCACUGGUGGUGAAUUUGGUAAUUUUUUUUAUUUUUAUUUUUUCCUUGGAAAGCUCAUGGUUGUUAAUCUGCAACAACCUGAAGAGCUGGUCCAUGUUGAAUUUGGAACAUACCUGAUUAUAUUUUAUCAGGUAAUACAAUUUACAGAAAAUCUUCAAUCUUUUUCUCUGAAGUAUAUCAUUUGAAAUUUAGUUUUUCUUUUACUUUGAGUAAAGUGUUAUUCUUCUUAAUGCUAAUAAGAAAAAUCAUUUCACUUGAUUGUGCUCAUUCAGUCAGAAAAGGCUAAUUAAAGGGGCUUAGCUUUCUGUGUAGUUCUCUCCCCCAGCACAC